UACACAAAUGUAAAUAUUGUUAUAAAGAAUUGAUAAUGAUUAUCAUCAUUGAAAAUUAUUAAUUAAUAAAAGAGAGCUUGGACUUUUUGGUUAAACAAUUAUUAGACAUUGGAAAUUGAGUAAUCAACUACUACAACAACCUUUUUAAAGACCAUAUCUAUAAAUGUACUCAAUAGUGUUAUGUAUUAUAUCAUAUAAUUGGUUUUACUUGAAUCAGAUUGUAUAUUCUCUUGGAUUAUAAUCAUCAGUGGACAUGUGAGACUUAUUAACAAUCUAUUUCUGUACUUUGAUUUACAAUGAGAUAUGCUUGUUUGGAUUAUAUAAAUUUCGAAAUUUACAUUCUUAUUUAAUGACGAAAAAACAAAAAAGUUCAAUUAUGUAACAACUUAAAAUUGUACUUUAGUGUUUAUGUAACCAUAGCUGUAUAAAUAAUAAUUGGUUGACCUAUGGAAAGUGAUAAGUCUGGUUUGCUUAAAUCCCCUCCUUCUGUAUUAAGGAGACAAGGUCGAACGAAUAGUAUACGUGGUCAAAUCCGCAGUUUAACAAACAAAAUGACUCCUCAACCAGUUAACAAACUGGAUGAUAUAAAAUAUGAACAAAAGUCAGUAAUUACUGAAGAAAUUCCAACUACUCGUGUGAAUACACGAUUAUUUAAUGCACGUAAGCAAUUCUCCAAGCCAUCUGUUCCAACAAUAUCACUCGAUGAUCAAAAUUCACUAACUACUAGUCCUCAAUCAUCAAGAUCCGCAUUCAGUCAUAAAAAAAUGUAUAAGACCGACUCAAUUGAGUCUAGAACAUCAAUGCCUGUAUCACCAUCCGAAUCACAUUAUUCACCCCAUUUUGAAAAGAAUUUAACACAAGUCACUACAACUAUGCGUGCACUGUCAACGUCUCCACGUGUAGGCUCACCGAAUGCUUUAAUUCCUCCCUAUAAUAAAUCUUUACAGCCUUUGGCUUUUUCAUAUGAUUCCAUAAAUCCAGACUACCAUAUAAAUAAGGAUACAAGUGACAAACAUUCGCGUGAAACCUACACUACUAAUAAUAGAGUUAAACCGAAAGGUCUAUUAAAUACUAAAUCUGAGCUCAUCAAAAGUCCUCAAAUGACGGGAAAAAUUUUUAUUCCGAUGACAUCCUCUGUAAUGACAUCAGCAUCAGCAUUAACAUCAAAUAUAAGUGAUGAUGUUUUAUUAGGAUUAGUGCAUCAAAAAUCAACAGAGUCACAUGAUUCCUCAAUAAGCAUGCCUAGUGUAACUAGUUCCGGUGGUAGUCCAUACACAUCAGGUGGUUCACGACUACUUGAACAAAAUAAAAAGGAAGAUAAGUUAUACAGAAGUACUGAAGUUAAUUUUUACACAGAUGACCAGGGAAUAAAGCCAAGUGAACAACAUAUUGUAAGACGUUCCAGUUAUGAAAUGGCCACUGGUAAAAUAGAACUUCCAGUUAACAAUCAAAAAAAGAAGAAAUUUUGGAAAGAAGCAUUAUGCACAUUGAAGGGAAAAAAAGAGUUGCUAUUCAAAAAACAAAUGAAGAGAUCAGAUGAAUGCAUGGAAUUUGGUGAUCCUGUAUACCAUUUACUGCGAUGUGCUGCAUCUCCUGGUCAUCAACCAUCAACAUGUAAAUGUAUUUGUCAUUUAGAUAAUGGUGAUGAAUGUCAUAAAAUAGUAACUGAAAUGUCUAAACCAAUUAAUGUUAUAUGUGCACCAGCAGCACGUAGAAAAUCACAUUAUCCAACAUUAUCAACUAGUACAUCUAAUUAUUAUCAAUUCACUUCAUCAAAUAUCAAUGAUAACAUAACACAAUCAAAAACAAAAUUGACAGCAUUUAAAAAAGAUAGAACUAAUUCAAAUAUACAUCAUUCUAUGCAUCAAACAUAUGACUAAGGCAUAAAUUACAUUACACAUUCUAAUCAAAUGGUUACUAUAAAACAAAUCAUUACUAAUUAUGAAUAGAAAAAGAAACAAAUAAUAGGUUGACCAAUUCCUAUUAUGAUAAAGUAUAAAAUUUGAUUUCAUUCAAAUCAUUUUCCUUAAUUCAUCCAAACUAGAUUUAAAUGGUUGCCUAAAAGAGAGAGAAAAAAAGAGAAAAAAGGAGAAAAGGAAAAAAAGAAAACAGACAAAUAAUUCAUUCAACUUUCCCAUAAUGAUUUAUUUUUGUUAUCCGUUUUCUUUUAUCAUGAUGUGAAUCAGAUUUUAUUCAAAAUAAUUUACACAAUUCCUUGAUAAUUCAUUAUGUAAUAAAAAAGGGAAGUGUUAAUUCAACCUAAUGAAAGAUCAUUUAUCAACAUGCAUCCAACAUUCAUUUCCUUCUCUUCAUUCAUCUUUGUUUCUUCUUUUCUUUUUCUAAAGUCCUUGAUUAAAAAAAACACCAACACGACUACGUUCAGGAAUAGAAAUGAUAAGAAUCAACCAGUAAUUAAAGCGCCUUAAAUGAUUCAAAUAGAUUUUUAGACUAUUCAUUCAUGUUUUUUUAACACUUUCUAUUUUUAAAGAAAAAACAGUAAAAAAAGAAAAAAAAGGAAACACUGUGAAUAUCAUCAAUACUCAUCAUAUAAAUGUAUACUUUGUUAAUAAUAACAAUAAUAAGAAUAAUAAGAAUACAUUCCUUAGUUUUAGUCAACGAAAACGAUUAUAUAAUCAUUAAAAUGUUAAUUAGCAAACAUAAAUAUACAUGUCAAAUUAGUUUUAUUUAGGUGUAUUAUAACAUACAAUUUACAAAUACAUUUAUGAUUUAUAUGAUCAACAUAUUUACUUUUGUGGUUUUCAUUGUCAAAUGUAAUAAAUUAAUAAUCAAGAUAAAAUUGAAAAUAAAAUAAAAAGAGGUAGGGAGAGCAAAAGUGCGUAAAUAAGUCAAGGGUAAUAAGAGAUAGAUAGAUAGAUAAAUAGAUAGAAAGAACAUGGAACACUUAUUUCUCUUAUUAUUCAAUUGUUUCUUUAUCUAAAUCCCUUUUCUUUAAAACAUUUCUAUUUUAUACAAUAAUAACAUGUACAAGUAUAUAAAUACCUAAAUAAUUAUCUGAAACAGAUCGAAGUCUUUUUUUUCUUCUCUUCACCUACAUUUUUCACAAUAUUCUUUUUUGUAAAAUAUAUUUCUAAUUAAUUUCAGUUGAGUGAAAAAUAAUGGACAUGAUACAAAUUAUUAAUAUUCAGAAGAUUAAAGUUAGUUACAGCCGAUCCAUUAAUCGUCCCCACCCCACCCCUUUAACAUCAUAAAAACAAAUAAUCACUAAAGAAAAAUAUGGAUUUAUUUGAUAUGUUACUGUAUGUUAUUGUUUUUCUUCUUUAUUAUCCAUAAUCUUAAUGAUCUUUAAACUGUGAUUCUUUCUUAAUUCAUUCUUUAUUAAAUGUAUACACUGGUGACAAUAAAAUAAGACAAUCUCAUAAAUCACAAUACAUGCACACAUAUAAAACAAUAAUAUAUAUACAGAAAAGACUUAUAUAAAUGUGAUUGUACCGUGAGUCAAUUAUUAAAAAUUUCAUUUAAAUAAAGGAACAGAUUAGCAAAAUAAAAAUAAUACUGAUCACUUAUCAGUUUCUUCUGAAUUUGAUCGUAUUGGUGUACAUUCAGUUUUCAAUAAAUUCACUGUACAAGAUCUUUCCUAGUUUGUAAAUGAAUCUUUUCCUCUUGUUAACGGUUAUUUCAAAUGUCUAUCAUGUAAAUAUUAAACAUAAGGAUGAAUAAAUCUAUAAACAAUAGGAUUGUAUUAAAAAUACAGAGUAUGUCUCUCCUUUUCCAAAGGUGGAUUUCAAUUAACUGAGGGAAGAAAAACAUUUGCUCGGAAUAAGAUUAUAGUUAAGGGUUUUGAAGUUGUUGUAUAUAAAUAUUGAUGUUUCAUAAUUUCGUGAAUCUCUCACUAAUCACUGAGGAUGACUACUUUGUACAUGAAUACUGUUUCUAAUAGGCUUUGAUCAAGAAAAAUUCAGUUAUGCGAACAGAAACUUAAAAAGAUUAAAUAUAUGAUAGACGACUAUUUAUGGUGAAAAGAGAAAAAGUAAAGACAGUGAAGUGAGAAAUUUUUAUAAAGUAGUAUAUCAGCUUACAGAAGACUGAUAUUCGAGAGGGCCUUAAUAAUGUAAGCUAAAAUUACUAACAGUUUAUAAGCCUCAAUUUAAUAAAACUUAGAUGGACUCUAAAGAG